CUCAGUUUGUAGGAAGUGGAAGUGUUCUGAUCAGAAUAAACUUUGUGGUUCAGAGACUCUCAGACUGGAUAGCAGGAGAGGAUGGGGCUCACCUCACCUUGUGUGCUGCUCUUGCUGAGUGCUCUCCUCAUCUCUGGAAACACUCAAGAGAGACCGAAGGCUGUGGUGACCCUGCAUCCUGACCUGCAGCAGAUAUUUACAGGAGAGAGACUUACUCUCAGCUGUCAGAUACAGGGAGGAGAAAACAACACUGAAUGGUGGUACUUUUUUAAGAGGGAUGAUGUAGACAUUGACAGUUCAGGGUCUGAACUCAAGAUAUAUGAAGACUGGACCUACUACUUCUGGUUGAUAAAUAAUCAAGACUAUAAAGAUUGUACCAGUAAAACCUGCUCCAUCAAACUGGUUCGUCACGGUUUCCAGUACAGCUGUGCAGGGAGGAGGAGGAGGAGUGGUCGACCCCUGGAUUCACAGCAUAGUGCUACCUUAUCUAUACCUGUUACAGCCCUCCCUAAAGCUACUCUGACUGUGACUCCAAACCCUGUCUACCACGGAGAGACAGUCUCUCUGAAGUGUUCAGUGGAGUCUGGUCCUGCCUGGAGCUACAGGUGGUACAAAGACGGAACAGAGAUCAGAGUGGAGCAGUCUGGUAGACACAGCAUAUAUGGAAACUCCCUCACCAUCAGUAAAGUACAAUCAUCUGAUCGUCGUCAAUACUGGUGUAGAGGAGAGAUACCGUCCAGAUACAUAUCCACAGUACAGAGUGAUUCCAUCAGUAUGACAGUGAAAGAUUAUGUGCCAACGGCCACACUUCAGUCGGACCAGACAGACAUCUAUACAGGUGACAGAGUGACUCUGACCUGCGCUGUGGAAGGUUCCUCUGGGUGGACGUUUUACUGGUACAGACACACCACAGACUCUGACCCUGUGACCUCUUCUUAUUGGUCACCCUACUCUUUCACCCCUGGAAGUGUGUCAGAGGGGGGUCAGUUCUGGUGCAGAGGGGGGAGGGGAGACCCAGUCUUUUACACCCAGUACAGCAGCCCAGUCCAUAUUAAUGUUACAGCGAGGCCCUAUGCUGUUGUGACUCUGAAGCCCAACUGGAGUCAGAUAUUCAAAGGGGAGAGUGUCACCCUCAGGUGUGACAUACAGGGGACAGAGUACACAGACUGGAAGUAUGAAUGGAGGAGACCUGGAGACUCCACCCCAGGAUGGACAGAAAAGGAAUACAAGAUCAUCAGGGCUGAGGAGUCUCACAGUGGUGAAUACAGGUGUAUAGGUCAACAUGGACCAGACCAAUCAGAGUGGAGUUCUGCUGUCAAACUGGAAGUUAAAGAUGGUCUCCAGCCUGUCCUGAGAGUGUCUCCCUCGUGGAUGAAUCCUGGAGACUCAGUGACUCUGAGCUGUGAGGUUGGAGACUCAUCUACAGGCUGGAGCUUCUUCUUCUACAGAGCUGCUCCCUCUCUACCAGACCAGCCCUACUCUGUAGAGCUCCUCUCUGACCAACCGCAUUCCUCAGUGUCUUUCAGUGUAAGCACCAACAGAUCUCAGCACCUCGUGUCUGAUUGUGUCUCUCUGAGCUGUGAGCUGAAGGGGAACUCUACUGGAUGGACACUGAGGAGGUACACAGGCAGUGAGCUGUAUACUGUGUGCUCCUCUGUCAAGGGAUCAACUACAGGAUACACCUGCAUCAUCAGGUCCUUAAACGUAGGGCACAGUGGAGUGUUCUGGUGUGAGUCUGGCUCAGGAGAGUACAGUAACGCUGUCAACAUCACAGUACAUGUUGGCCCUGUGAUCCUGGAGAGUCCUGUUCACCCUGUCACUGAGGGAGACUCUGUGACUCUGCGCUGCAGACACAAGACUCCUCCAUCAAGCCCCAAGGUAGACUUCUACAAAGAUGGUAACCUGAUCAGGAAUGAGACCACAGGAGAGAUGGCCAUCCCUGCAGUAUCCCAGUCAGACGAAGGCCUCUACAAGUGUACAUACUCUGACAGGGAAGAAUCCCCACAGAGCUGGCUGCUGGUGAGAGCAUUAAUGAGGUGUUGUCAUUAA